UGGAGGGCAUAAACAGCGGAGCAAAGCGGGWCCGAGCCCAGUCGCAGUCAGACGCUUCGACGAGAAGCAUCACAGGCGUAAAAACAAAAAACCCUCCGACGUCCAGGACACUGCCAGGUGUCUGCAGAAACCCUCUAUAAGUGUUAAGAACCAGCAACCUGAAGCUGACAUUUUUAUUUUUUUAUUUUUUAGAUAGUGAUUUUCACUCUUAUGAGAGCUGAAGUGUUUGAAUUAGCAGAAAAAAAAGAGUGAGAAAAACAAACAAACAUGGCCCAAAUCACUGCAGAAGACAUAGCCCGGCUCUUCCCGAAGAUGUCUCUGAGCGUGGCGGAUGAGAAGAUCCGGCUCAUGGCGGAGAAAGUGUAUGCUUCUGCCCUGAGAGAGGAGGACACCAAGGACGCCAUGGCCCUGUUCAGCGUGCCGGAGGACUGUCCCAUCGGCCUGCACGAGGACAGGGAGCGGGAGAUGCAAAAGGAGCUGGCCGAGCAGCAAUCUCAGGAAUCAGUGAAGAGGAAGAAGACCUUCUUGCUGAAGCGCUCCCAGUCCAUGUCUUURCAGGAUGACUGGAGGGCGUCUCCACUGACUACGUCAGGAGGGGCCGAAGCCUUUAUCCCAGAAAACUUCCCRGAGUACCAGAGAGUUACCAUCAGUGGGGAUUACUGUGCUGGGGUCACAGUUGAGGAUUACGAACAAGCAGCCAGGAGUCUCUUUAAGGCCCUCGUCAUCCGAGAGAAAUACUCCAAGCUGGUGUACCACCGCUUCCCAAGAACCACUGCGAAGUACCUCCGCGAUGGAGAGAAUGUGAAGUGGAGCGAAGAAGACGAGGUUCUGCCAGUGUUGCUUUGCAGGAAAACCUACUGCCACAGACGGCUGAACUUCUUGGAAUCUAAAUUCUACCUUCAUGAAAUGCUAAAUGAAAUGGCUGAGAUGAAAGAGUUAAAAAGCGUUGCACAUAGAGAUUUCUACAACGUCAGAAAGGUGGACACACAUAUACACGCUGCUGCCUGCAUGAAUCAGAAGCAUCUGCUGAAAUUCAUAAAGCUAUCGUACCAAACAGAGGCAGACCGGGUGGUCUUGGAAAAAGGCAACCAGAAGAUAACUCUCAAAGAAGUCUUUAAGAAGCUCAGCAUGGACCCCUAUGACCUGACUGUGGAUUCACUGGACGUCCACGCAGGAAGACAAACCUUCCACCGCUUCGACAAGUUCAACUCCAAGUACAACCCUGUUGGAGCCAGCGAGCUGCGCGAGAUUUACUUGAAAACCGACAACUACAUCAAAGGAGAGUACUUUGCGCGUCUCGUCAAGGAAGUUGCCGCMGAGCUGGAGGAGAGUACGUAUCAGUAUGCUGAGCCCCGUCUGUCGAUUUACGGCCGAUCUCCCAGCGAGUGGGAGAACCUCGCCACAUGGUUCAUCCARCAGAAGGUCCACUCCCCCAACAUGAGAUGGAUGAUCCAGGUUCCAAGGAUCUAUGACAUCUUCAAGUCAAAGAAACUGGUGCCGAACUUUGCCAAGAUACUUGAGAACAUUUUCCUUCCACUUUUCGAGGCCACCAUCAACCCUCAAAAGCACAAAAUAAUCCAUGUGUUCCUAAAAUACGUAACGGGGUUCGACAGUGUGGACGACGAGUCCAAACACAGCGACCACAUGUUCAGUUACAAAAGCCCGAAGCCUGAGGAGUGGAUCGAAGACAACAACCCUCCAUACACCUACUACCUCUUCUACAUGUAUGCCAACAUCAUGGUGCUCAACAACCUGCGCAAGGAGCGAGGCCUGAACACCUUCCAGUUUCGUCCCCACUGUGGAGAGGCCGGCUCCAUCACCCACCUGGUCUCUGCCUUCCUGACUGCAGACAACAUCUCCCAUGGACUCAACCUCAAGAAGAGUCCGGUGUUGCAGUACCUGUACUACCUGGCCCAGGUCCCGAUCGCCAUGUCCCCGCUGAGCAACAACAGCCUCUUCCUCCAGUACUCCAAGAACCCACUGCGAGAGUUUCUGCACAAAGGCCUGUGUGUGUCGCUGUCCACCGACGAUCCCAUGCAGUUCCACUACACCAAGGAAGCGCUGAUGGAGGAGUACGCCAUAGCGGCGCAGCUGUGGAAGCUGAGCACAUGUGAUCUGUGUGAGAUUGCCAGGAACAGCGUCCUGCAGAGCGGACUCUCACACCAGAUGGCAGUAAAGGACAAAGCAAACGCUGAAAAAACCUUUAACUUUGGGAAAUAA